UGGCAGACAAAACCUACAUUCUGAGUUAGUAUUCGCCUAUACUAUUCUCCUCAUAACCCUACCCCCGUUCACCUGCAAAGGCCUCAGCACACCAUGGCUCAGCCUCCCAGACAAGACCCAGCCCUGCUGCCCAACCCCUCGCUUCAGGUGACGGCAGACCACCAGCUAAAACAGGUUGAGGCACCAGUCCUGUCUCCCGGGCCCGGGGAGGUCCUCAUCCACGUCAAGGCUACUGGAAUCUGUGGGCAAGUGCAGGACGCCAAAAUGCGGUCGAGCACCCUGGUGGUCGAGGGCGACUGCAUCCUCGGCCACGAGGCCGCCGGCGUUGUUCUCAAGUGCGGCAAGGGCGUGGCGAACCUCAAGACGGGCGACCGGGUUGCCGUCGAGCCGGGCGUGCCGUGCAACAACUGCUUCCUCUGCCAAGAAGGCCGUUACAACCUGUGCGAAGACGUCCAGUUCGCGGGCGUAUACCCCUACCACGGAACGCUGCAGCGCUACAAGGUGCACCCGGCGCGGUGGCUACACAAGCUGCCCGACAGCAUCUCGUACGCCGAGGGCGCGCUGCUCGAGCCGCUCAGCGUCGUGCUGCACGGCAUCCGCACCGCGCGGCUCGAGCUGGGCCGCGGCGCCGUCGUGUGCGGCGCCGGCCCCAUCGGGCUCAUCGCGCUGGCCGCGGCGCGGGCGUCGGGCGCGCACCCGCUGGUCGUCACCGACGUCGAGGCCUCGCGGCUCGAGUUCGCCCGGCAGCUGGUGCCAACCUGCGUUACGUACCUUGUCGACCCAAAGGCGGCGCCCGAGGAGACCGGGCGCGCCGUGAGGCGGCUGUUCGGCGCCGACGCGGACGAGUACGCGGCGCCGCCGGCGGUGCUCGAGUGCACCGGCGUCGAGAGCAGCGUCUGUGCGGCCGCGUUCACGGCGAGGAGGGGAGGCGUGGUGGUGGUGAUUGGGGUCGGGAAGGAGGUGAUGAACAACUUGCCGUUUAUGCACCUGUCGUUGGCCGAGAUCGACCUGCGGUUCAUCAACAGAUACCGCGAUACGUGGCCGGCGGGGAUUGCCUGCAUGGCAGGUGGCAUCCUAGAUCUCAAAAAGCUCGUCACGCACGUCUUUCCUCUCGAGAAGGCCAUGGAAGGCCUGGUUCUGUCUUCGGACCCUCGCAACGGAAGCAUAAAGGUCCAGAUCGUGGACGAGACUGACGUUUGCCACCUCUACGCCGACGCGCCCGGGGAGUCUUGAGAGGGUUUGUAGGCAUGGGGGCAAGUGGGCUGGGCGGCCUUGUUCAUCAAGUUGACCAUUGAAAAAAGAUAAGCCACGGAUUUAAAUCACUAAAACAACUAAUCUAUCAAGCUCC